GGGAGGCGCCCGGCCGCCCCCCCCCUCACCCCCGGCCCCCUGCCCUCCAUCCGCUCCCGGGACCUCACCCUGGGAGGCGUGAAGAAGAAAACCUUCACCCCCAACAUAAUUAGCAGGAAGAUCAAGGAAGAGCCCAGAGAGGAUGUCUCCGUCAAGAAGGAGAAGAAGGAGCGGGACCGGGACCGGCAGCGUGAUGGGCACGGCCGGGGCCGGGGCCGGCCCGAGGUUAUCCAGUCCCACUCCAUUUUUGAGCAGGGCCCUGCUGAAAUGAUGAAGAAGAAAGCAGGCUCCUGGGACAAGACAGUGGACAUGUCGGACUUUGGCCCUUCCCACAUCAUCAACAUCAAGAAGGAGAAGAGGGAGACGGACGAGGAGACGAAGCAGAUCCUGCGGAUGCUGCAGAAGGACGAUUUCCUCGAUGACCCGGGGCUGAAGAACGACAUCCGUAACAAGCCGGUGCAGCUGCCGCUGGCCCACUCGGGCUGGCUUUUCAAGGAGGAGGCGACGGAGCAGGAGGACUCCCAGCCCUGGCUGCCCGGCCCCAAGGAGGAGAAGAUGGAGCUGGACCCGCCGUGCGAUGUCCCUCGGCAGGAGGCAAGGCAGGCGGAGAAUACCUGCACCCUAGCCGACCUCCCCGAGGGGCAAGUGGGGAAACUGCUCAUCCGCAAGUCGGGGAAGGUGCAGCUGGUGCUGGGCAAGGUGACCCUGGACGUGACCAUGGGGACCCCCUGCUCCUUUCUGCAGGAGCUGGUGUCCGUCGGCAUCGGGGACAACCGGACAGGCGAGAUGAUCGUCCUGGGCCAUGUGAAGCACAAGCUGGUGUGUUCCCCGGAUUUUGAGGCUCUGCUGGAGCACCGGCACCGGUAGCCUGGGGGGGGCCCAGCCCCGUGCCCCCAGCCCGUGGGGACGAUCCCUGCACACCGGGGGACCCUGCAGCACCUUGCUGC